GUGCGAAGAGAGCAGCUUGUCAUUCAGAGGAAUCCGCCACCUGAAACGCGAGGAAGUAAAGUCGGGUAUAAAACAGUCAUCUGCCUGGAGCUUUGCAAACUGAUGAAAGUUAUUCUCAUAGAAUAAUUUCACUGUAAUUCAGGUCCAUGCAAUAUCAAGUUGCUAGAAUAAUUCUUUGAAUGAUUCUUCUCAUAUCUGGGAGCUGGCUGAGUAAGUCUUGCACACCUUUUCCCUGGCCCGAGCGCGAGAUGAUCCCACCAGGAGACUGCAUGUAUGCUGGUCGGAAACGGAGGAAGCCCAUACCAAAGCACAGAAAGCCUGCACCUGCGAGCGAGAAGUCCAACCCAUCAAAACGGCACCGAGACCGGCUGAAUGCAGAGCUAGAUCGGCUGGCCAGUCUGCUACCUUUCCCACAUGAGAUCAUCUCCAAACUGGACAAGCUUUCUGUUUUGCGUCUCAGUGUCAGUUACCUUCGUAUCAAGAGCUUCUUCCAUGCCAGUCAAGAGAAGCAGAUGAUGAAGCACCUCAGCCCUCCGUCCAUUAAUGACAUCAGGGGGGAACUUGGUACCUCUGAGAGUGAGCUGCUGCUGGAGUCCCUUACAGGCUUUGCUCUUGUUGUGAGCAGUGAUGGAAUGGUCUUCUAUGCUUCCUCUACUAUAGUGGACUAUCUGGGCUUCCAUCAAACUGAUGUGAUGCACCAAAACUUCUUUGACUACAUCCACAUAGAUGAUAGGCAGGAGUUCAGGCAACAGCUCCACUGGUCCAUGAAUCCCUCAGUAACCUCUGAUCAAGAUUUAGCCACAGGAAAUGGGGAAGAUUUCGUGGUUAGCAGUUUAUUCCACUCCCAGAAGGCACCUGGUGUUCCUCCAGAGUUUUCUUCUUUCCUUAACCGGUGUUUCAUCUCGAGAGUGCGCUGUCUGCGGGACAGCACCUCAGGAUUUCUUACUAUGCAAUUCCAGGGGCAUCUAAAGUUCUUGUAUGGACAGAAGAAGAAGACGGCAUCUGGCACCUCCUUACCCCCACAGCUGGCUCUGUUCUGUGUGGCCAUGCCUCUGCUCUUGUCCUCCAUCACAGAGAUGAAGACGAAAAACACAAUAAUAAGGGGCAAGCACAAAAUCACAGGCAAUAACAUGUUCAUAGAUCAUAGUGACAGAGAAGAGCACUCAAGAAGGCACUCAGUGAUGAACGAAGGCAGAGACACACUCUCUCUGAAUUCUUCCACUCCGGUAGCCACCUUACUCCACCAUACACCCUGGGCACCAUUUUCCAAAGAAAAUGUCAAAUUCAAGAACGAGGACUACUAUAGUAAGGAAGAGCCUCUCAACGUCUGCAAGGACUCUUUAGGUGGCCAGAAAGCCCCUGACUUGGACACAACAUUGCCUCCCAGAGGCUCUUAUGGGCCCUUCUGCACUGGUCAUGGAGUCAACUUGUUGCUUGGUGGUAGAGUAAGCAAGCAUGGUCACUAUGGGAAGCCCAACAAAAUAUCCCCAGUGUAUUACAACAGCACGGCAGAGCUUUAUAUUCCAAAAAUCUAUGGGAGUCUUCCACCCCAAGAAGUGGUGGAAGGUAAUUAUGUGGACAUCAAAAAAAGUGAAAAUGCCUGUUUUGAGGGCCAAAGACAAGUCUGUGAUGCACAUCUGAUAGCUGAGUUACCAAUCAAGGUAGAGCAAGACUCUGAUGCUGAAAACGAACGUGACUUUUAUGACCAGGCUUGGACAGACCGAGAGCAUAAUCUCAGCUCUUAUGAUGGCCUACAAAUGAAAGCAGAAGAUAGUUACUAUGAACAGUAUAUGCCUUGCCAAAAAAGCACAGGGAGUAAUGGACAACAGUACAGUAGCCAGUACUUAAAUGCCUUUGGAACAACUGCACAACCUCUAAAGUGUGUCCUUGAUAAAGAUCCAGAAUAUCUCCGUCACCAGAGGCUGGGACACGUACACCCACUCUGCAGUAGCCAAAGUGCUAACUGUAUGGACAGCUACAAUGCUGGGACUAUGGAGCACAAGGGCUUCAUACAUCAGGAUUACAAACUUGGCUAUCAGUUCAAAGGACAAGGACUGCUUCAUUCCAUCAAGCGUGAGCCUAUGGAUUCUCCACCCUGGCAUGAAAAUGAAUAUGAACAGAUAGGUGGGCAAUGGAAUAUGAUGCCAAAUUGUAUAAUGAAUCUAGGGCAGCCCAAAGCUAAUCCAUAUAUCUUUAUGCAAUAAUGUGACAUGACAGUCUGCCAUGUGAUGGCUACCUCUGUUAUCAUUAUUGAACCAAAGAUAAAAGAUGCUUAAUGAAACUCUUAGCAAACACUUGUGGUUCAUAUAUUAAAAAAAAAAAAAAAAAGCUCAACUUCUUCAGGAUAAUUACACAAGACAUUUAUAGUUACAAGUGCUUUACAUGUCAGGAUAUGGGGCAGGAUUACAUUGUAUUAAAUAAAUGUUUGUAUUAAAUUUGCAUUUUAAUCAAGUGUUUUCGUGUUUUUUAUGCACUUUUGAUAAAAUAAUAUCCUAAUAUUUGUCUAACUCUCACAUUGUGUACAUAUUAGUAUUUGUUGAUAGUUCUGAAUCUUGAUAUUUAUCCUGCAGUAUGUGUACUGUAGUGUGGGAAGAAUGUGUUUUACACUGAUGUUACCUGUCAAGUGAAAUUUAAUUACUGUUUAUUGCAUGCACUCUUUUAAAUAUUGUAGUCAUAACAUACAUCCAAACAAAAUUUUAAAUGGUACUAAAAGCAUUUCUGCGGCAUAGCGGUGCAGCAGUUAUGGUGUGGGUUUCCUCCAUGUUCUGCGGUUUCCCCACACCUCCUAAAAACAUGCUGAUAUGUGGAUUGGCUAUGCUAAAUUUCCCCUGGGUGUGAAUGUGUGUAUGUGUGCGUGACAUCCUGCGAUAGACUGGUGCUCCACCCUGGGUGUAUCACUGCCUUGCACAGCCUUGACCAGGAAAAAGCGUUUACUGAAGAUGAAGGAAUUAAUAAAAACAUUUAGUUAUAAGCAAUUAGUUAUGUAUGUUAUUUAUUUUGGGCUUAAAUUAAAUUAUUUAAAAUGUCAAAGGUUAAAUAUUCCAAACAUAUUUCUUUGUGUUUUUAUAGAAUUACUCAUUGGUUUGGGGCCUCGCACAGAGAAUUCGGCCACAAGGCAAUAUAUUGAUAACCCCUAGACUAGUAGUACUGCUACAAAUGUGAAAUUUCAAGACCAUAACUUGAAUAAUUAUUGAAUGAUAAACUGAUUUGACUGAACUAAUUUGACUGGAAAACAAUAUUGCUCUAAGGCAGCUACCUAAUCUCAAUUUUACUCAAUUCCUCCAUUCUAUUUUUUUUUUUUUUUACAUUUCUGUACUAUUUUAUACUACACAUCCAAUUGUAUUUUAUUUUUAUUAUCACACCAGAAUUACUAAAACCCAUUAUUACAGCAAAUAUUUAAAAAAAGGCUUUACUCUUUACUAUCUUAGAAAAAAACAACAACCUCAAGAUCUAAAGUGAUCUAAUUAUUGGGAAACUCUUGCUGCAAAGUUGAGACUCUAAAACUGCUUGCUACUUUUUUUUUAUCUUGUAAUUCUCAAAUGUGACAUCAUGCAGAAACAAUUCUUGCAAAAACACGUACUAUGUCAUAUUCUACCACAGUUCUGGGCCUAAAUUACUAAAGGUUACAUUGUGAAAAAACAAAUCUAUAUUUGAUAACUACUAACAGGAUCUAUGGAGAACUGCAUCUUUUUGCAUUUUGCAUGUUUUUUUUUCCUUAAUGAAUAUGCACCUUAUGAUGCAAAACUGAAUUCUGGAAAUUGGAAUUGUGAAAAACUCCUGUUUAUUGUAUUGCAUUUCUUUGUUAGGUGUGAGGAAAAUAAUGUAUAUAUUCCCAGUGUAUGUACUAUGACCAGAGUUGCCAGAUCUGAGUGACAAAAGCCAAGUGAGGAAGCAGUAUGUAGCUUCUUUGAAUAGUUCUUACACUAAGAUCCCAAAAUGAGAUAUACAUGUAGGCUGUCUGGACCCAGUACACCACUUCUGAGCCUGUUCCCCACUACACAGGGCCACUUCCAGUUGCUCUGAAGCUUGGGUCAGCAUCACUUGUGACAUUGCAGAUUGAACAGCCAUAUCUGGUACCCUUCUGCACAUAGGCUUCCAUUGGCAUUGUCAUAAACCUGCUUUUGGCGGCUACUCACCACCUGCUGCUGCCAUGUGAGGGAGUGUACAGUCUCCAUCCCAGACUGUAAGUAACACACAUAAUCCACCAUGUCAGCUCCAGAGGGUCUGGCCAUGCAGAACACCAGGUCCGCAGAUUUUAUGGAGCCAUGACUGUAUAGAUUUUUAUUCCCCAUUGACUAGGCCAAACCUUUUACUUAUCCAAAUAGUAUGUGUUUCCUGAAAAAUUACACACUGUGCUCUUUUUUUAUAUUUGAUAUAUAAUUAUAAGUAAACAUUAAAAACAGAAUGAGACCAAAUGGAACGUUAACCUUUGUAGCCUAC